AUGGCCGUCUCCAAUGAUUCAUGGAUUCGGCGGCACGAUCUGACAUGGUCCAAAAUGGUGUUCUAUUUGUUCUUUUGGGGAGCCCAUUUUGGACUCUUUGGCGUAGGAUGGUACUUGCAAGCAACGAAUGCAAAGCUAGCUGGUCUAAACGUCCUGACGUAUUCCGUUUGGAUCUCAAGAGGUGCAGGCCUUACCCUCUCGGUGGAUGCAACCUUGAUUCUACUUCCGAUGUGCCGGAAUAUCGUGCGAUGGCUCAGACCUCAGAUCCGAUGGCUGCCGCUCGACGAGUCUGCCUGGUUCCACCGUCAGGUCGCCUAUGCAUUGCUGGUGUUCACUGCCAUUCAUACCGCUGCCCACUAUGUCAACUUCUACAACAUCGAAAAAAACCAUAUUCGACCCGAACUGGCGGUGGAAAUUCACUUCGCUCGCGCCGGUGGUGUUACAGGCCACGUCAUGCUCCUCUGUAUGAUGCUCAUGUACACGACGGCACACGCUCGCAUUCGACAGCAGGCAUUCGAGACAUUCUGGUAUGCUCACCAUUUAUUCAUUCCAUUCAUGCUGGCCCUCUAUACACACGCCACUGGAUGCUUUGUGCGAGAUACCGUCAGUCCUUAUUCGCCGUUUGCCGGAAAACCCUUCUGGGACCAUUGUUUAGGCUAUGAAGGUUGGAGAUGGGAGCUGGUGGCGGGCGGCCUUUACCUGCUCGAGCGACUCUACCGCGAGAUUCGAUCUCGACGGGAGACUGUGAUCACGAAGGUGAUCCGCCAUCCCUACGCUGCCAUGGAAAUACAAUUCCACAAACCCAGCAUGAAAUACAAAGCCGGACAGUGGCUCUUCCUUCAAGUGCCAGAUGUGUCCAAUACACAAUGGCACCCUUUCACCAUCACCUCGUGUCCCUUUGAUCCGUACAUCAGCGUCCACGUCCGCCAAGUAGGCGACUUCACGCGUGCACUCGGUGAUGCUCUCGGAUGUGGACCGGCACAGGCUGCGGAUUUAGAAGGCCUAGACCCGCUGGGCAUGUACGAAGUGGCCCUACAGAACGGACAGAUGAUGCCCAAACUCCGCAUCGAUGGACCGUACGGAGCACCGGCUGAGGAUGUCUUCGAGAACGAAAUCGCCGUGUUGAUCGGCACCGGCAUCGGCGUGACGCCCUGGGCCUCCAUCCUUAAAAAUAUCUGGCACCUGCGCUCAAGCCCGAACCCGCCACGCCGUCUGCGCCGUGUCGAGUUCAUCUGGGUCUGCAAGGACACGUCGUCCUUUGAAUGGUUCCAGGCUCUUCUCUCCUCCCUCGAGGCCCAGUCCGCCAACACAGCCGCCCACGAGGGUAGUACCGAGUUCCUACGCAUCCACACCUACCUUACACAACGUCUUGACGAUGACACUGCCGCCAAUAUCUAUCUAAACUCCGUCGGCCAGGCCCUCGAUCCGCUGACGGAAUUGCGCAGCCGGACAAACUUCGGCCGCCCAGACUUCAAGCGUCUUUUCACGGCCAUGCGUCUCGGCUUACACAAUCAAAAAUACAUUUCGGGUCUUCAGAAUACACCCACCACCGAGAUCGGAGUGUAUUUCUGUGGUCCGAAUACUGCUGCCAGACAGAUUAACGAUGCAGCCAAGUCUUCAUCGACUAAGAAUGUCCGGUUCAAGUUCUGGAAGGAGCACUUCUAG